ACCGCGCUCCAUAGUGGUGAACACGUAUUUUCGCGAUUGUUGUUGCCGUUUAUUUGCAACAAAGGGGGUAGUAUACAAUAAAUUAUUUGCGUUUUUCAUCUAAAUGUGCUAUUAGUGUUCUGGUGCGUAUCACACGGGGACAUUUGGUUAAAAUAAUUUUUUUUGUGACCACACGGUAAACGAAACGGCCUCAAAAUUGAUCUCGAUCUACACAGGCAGGCCACAAGUGGCCAUUUCAUCCGGAGCAUGGAUGGAACAAUGCAACACGGAUUAAUAAGUCCACUGCAGGAGACUUACCACAAUUCCGAAGUAUCCGUUGGUCCCAUGUGCGACGGCGGAUUUAGCGCAGCCGAGGGAUUGUCAAGGAUGGCAUCUCUCGGCGGAGCAGCCCUUGGGGUACCCCAAGGACUCUCAAAUUCGGUACAGGCGACGAAGAAGCAAGAGGAUCACAUAAAACGACCUAUGAAUGCUUUUAUGGUGUGGUCGCGAUUGCAACGGCGUAAAAUCGCUCAAGAAAAUCCGAAGAUGCACAAUUCAGAAAUUUCGAAACGUCUGGGUUCUGAAUGGAAGCUGCUCACGGAGGACGAAAAAAGACCGUUCAUCGACGAAGCGAAGAGAUUGAGGGCGUUACAUAUGAAGGAACACCCGGAUUACAAGUAUAGGCCGCGACGUAAACCAAAAACGCUGAGAAAGGAAGGAUAUCCGUAUUCUAUACCAUAUCCUUCAGUCCCUAUGGAUGCCUUAAGAGCUGGUAUGGCAGCUUCUAGUAUGGGACAAUCAAUGGCUUCUUAUUACAAUCCAUCAGCGGCUUAUGGAUCUUUAAGUGCAGCAUCUAUGGCAGCAGCAGCUGCAGCAGCCCAACAAACAGCAGCAAUGUCUGGACUUGCUGCACCCGCACAGGUUGUGAGUUCAAUGGAUGCAAUGAAAUAUUCUAUGGAAGCAGAUAAAUACCGUUCGGCUUAUAUGCCACCAUCAACACUUGCCAUGUCCAUGUAUUCUGAUCCAAAAUACAUGGACUCGCAAUCAAAGAAUUAUUUAGAACGAGGGUACUUAGAUACGACUUCGGCUUUAACAAAAGCCUAUUUUGAAUCAUCGAAAAUGUACAUGGAUGGAAAAUAUAAUCCGGAAGCGACGAGACCGUACUCGCUGGAUAUUGGAAAAAUGUACGAAAGCCAAUCACAAGUUUCUUCUGGUAAUAUUGGAUCUCCAAGAUCAUCGGAUUCGCCAGACGUGAAGCCGAGCAAUCAAGAAAGACAAGACGCUGCUUCGACGUCGAGUUCGACGACCACGUCUUCAGCGGGUGCGUCUCCAGGUGGUAUGCCGAGUUAUUAUCCCGGAAACGGGAUGCAACAAGGAGGAUCAAUGCCUGGCUUAUUGCCAAUGAGUCAAUAUUCAAGCCAGUAUCCGUCUCAAGCUCCAGGUGGUGAAUUUCGAAGACCUUUGACAGUAAUAUUUUGACCAGACAGGUUGUGAAUACUUACAUGUACAUACUCAUUACGUUUCUCGUACACUAAAACUUUUAUAGUCCUUUUAUGAUACGUGAGUUAUCAUAAUUAAGUACUUAUAUUUAAAAUAGUACUGCACGAUUUUGGACAGCUCUACACGAAAUAAUGUUUUUUUUAUGUUUUGUUUUUCGUUGUUCAACUCAAGCGUACAUAGCAAUGAAUGGAAAUAAUGCAUUUUAAAAAAAAGUCUACCUAUACAUAGUGCAAGCGAAAUAUAAAUAAAUUUAAUAGGUGCAUGGUAAGCAAAAAAAACAAUUACAUAUUACAUAAUGAUAAACUAUACAACGUGUAAUAAUACUUGUAGACAAAAAGCUAUAGUUGAAAUGUAUAAAUGUAUAUAUUGUUUAUUAUUAUUAAGUAAUUAUUAAAUUUAUUAUUUCCUAAAAAAUGUAUAAAGUACCUUAAAACCUAAACGCAUAUUAUAUGUUUACAUCUUGUUAUUUAGACUAUCUCGUCUAUAUCUCUUUGUUAUAUUUCUGAACAAAAUGUGAUUUUUUUCUUUUUGUUUAUUUCUUCGAAGAAAAUUACCAUCUUGUGUCCGUCGACAUGGAUUCUUUUUGAGUGCAAAUCAUCGAUAAUUAUAAAUUUAGCGUAAUCUAAUUAUCGAUUAUUAAGAUUUUUUCGUUCCUAUCUACCUAUCCUAGGUAUAACCGCGCGUAUUAUUAAAUAUAUCGUAUAUUUAAUUAUUGUUAAAAAAAUUACAUUUUAGCGAGUAUCUACACGACCUGCGCCGUAGACUGUAACAUAAUGUUGUGUAAAGUGAAUUAUCCGUGCGUAAAUUAUAUAAGGGUAAAAUAAAUAAACUAGAUUGUGAUUGUUUAAAUAUUAA